AUGCAUAAUCAUUGGAUAGAUGUCUGCGUCAAUUUCAUUGAGAAGACAGUUGAAGUAUUUGAGUGCUUGCAUGGAAGGAAUAGGCAAUACGUGGAGAAGUUUGCUGUUAUAAUUCCCAGGAUAGUAAAGGCUGUUGCACCACCUGAAAACAAGAAGUAUCCACUCCUGGAAAAGUAUUCUAUCGUAGAGGUACCUCUGAAGGCUAGAUUGAACAAGAGUUUAUGUUAUUGCGGGGCAUAUGUACUCAAACAUUUCCAAUGCCAACUCCUUGGACUUGAUCUCAGUUUAAUUGAGUUGAUGACACAAUAUGUGCCUUUUAAUUUUGAGUCAUCUAUUGUAUUCGACCUAGUAGAAGACUGA